AUGGACAUCCCGCCGCUGGCGGGCAAGAUCGCUGUUCUAUCGCUGGGCGCCCUCCCGUUGUCCUUCGCGCUCAACUAUGUCUCCGUGCUCUCGUACCCCCUGGGGGUGGUGUUGAUGAGCACCCUGAUCCUGGGUCUGCUCUCCUUGGCAAUAUACAGCUUGUCCCGAAGUGACAUCUAUUAUGACCCGCUCUAUGCUGUCUUCGCGGUCUUCGCCUUCACCUCCGUGGUGGACCUCCUUAUUGCUCUCCAGGAAGACGGCUACAUGGCGGGUUUCAUGGCGUUCUACACCAAGGAGGGUGAGCCUUACCUGCGCACGGCGCAUGGAGUUUUCAUCUGCUACUGGGAUGGCAUCGUUCACUACCUCCUCUACCUGGCCAUGACUGGUGCCAUCCGUAAAAGGAAGAGUUACCGGAACCUUGGACUUUACUGGCUGGGGUCCUUCAUCAUGAGCAUCCUAGUGUUCCUCCCAGGAAACAUCCUUGGCAAAUACAGUUCAGAGAUCAGGCCUACAUUUUUCCUCACUGUUCCUUUCGUGCUGGUCCCAUGCUGGGCUGGCUUGAGGGUCUUCAGCCAGACCCAGGUGCCAACCUGCUGCACUCCCAACAUGGUGGAGGAGGCCCAAAGAAAGGGCCUUCUGCGGCGCCCAGUUGACCUGGCCCUCAUCAUCUACCUCAUCUUCGCUGCAUUCUUCACCCUCUUUCGGGGCCUGGUGGUACUUGACUGCCCCAUGGAUGCCUGCUUUGUCUACAUCUAUCAGUAUGAACCAUACCUGAGAGACCCCGUGAGCUACCCAAAGGUGCAGAUGCUGGUGAAUAUGUUUUAUGUGCUGCCUUUCUAUGGCCUGGCCAUCUAUGCCCUCAUCUUUCCUGGAUGCUCCUGGCUGCCUGACUGGGCCUUGGUAUUUGCUGGAGCCAUUGGCCAGGCACAGUUCUCACACAUGGGGGCCUCCAUGCACCUGCGCACGCCCUUCACCUACCGUGUGCCUGAGGAUGCCUGGACCAGCUUCUUCGUGUGUAACCUACUGUAUGCUCUGGGCCCCCACUUGCUGGCCUUCCAGGGCGAGUCGGGCUCGGUGGUGGUGCAGACAGCGCCGGGACAGGUGGUCAGCCACCGGGGUGGCACCAUCGUCUUGCCCUGCCGCUACCACUACGAGGCAGCCACUCAUGGCCACGACGGCGUCCGCCUCAAGUGGACCAAGGUGGUGGACCCGCUGGCCUUUGCCGAUGUCUUCGUGGCGCUGGGCCCCCAGCACCGAGCGUUUGGCAGCUACCGCGGGCGGGCUGAGCUGCAGGGCGAUGGGCCCGGCGACGCCUCCCUGGUUCUCCGCAACGUCACGCUACAGGACUACGGGCGCUAUGAGUGCGAGGUCACUAACGAGCUGGAGGAUGACACGGGCAUGGUCAAGCUGGACCUGGAAGGUGUAGUCUUCCCUUACCACCCUCGUGGAGGCCGCUACAAGCUGACCUUCGCCGAGGCUCAACGCGCGUGCGCUGAGCAGGACGGCAUCUUGGCGUCGGCCGAGCAGCUGCACGCGGCCUGGCGCGACGGUCUGGACUGGUGCAACGCGGGCUGGUUGCGCGACGGCUCGGUGCAGUACCCGGUGAGCCAGCCCCGGGAGCCCUGCGGCGGCCUGGGCGGGACCGGGAGCGCCGGGGCUGGCGGCGGAGCCUCCGGAGGUGUGCGCAACUAUGGCUACCGCCACAACGCCGAAGAACGUUACGAUGCUUUCUGCUUCACGUCCAACCUCCCGGGGCGCGUGUUCUUCCUGAAGCCGCUGCGGCCGGUGCCCUUCUCCGGAGCGGCGCGCGCGUGCGCAGCGCGCGGCGCCGCCGUGGCCAAGGUUGGGCAGCUGUUCGCCGCGUGGAAGCUGCAGCUGCUGGACCGGUGCGCCGCGGGCUGGCUGGCGGACGGGAGUGCGCGCUACCCCAUCGUGAAUCCGCGCUCGCGCUGCGGCGGCCGCCGGCCGGGUGUGCGCAGCCUCGGCUUUCCCGACGCCUCGCGCCGCCUCUUCGGCGUCUACUGCUACCGCGCGCCUGGCGCACCGGACCCCGCCCCUGGCGGCUGGGGCUGGGGCUGGGCUGGAGGCGGCGGCUGGGCCGGAGGCGCCCGAGACCCCGCCGCGUGGACCCCGCUGCGCGUCUAG